AUGUCAUAUAUUAGUUUUAAGGUUAUAGCAGAGACGAGAUAUUCACAAAUUGUUCGAAUUUGUGGGAAUCAUCCACUCCUUGGUUAAUGGAAUCCUCAAAAUUCUUAUCCAUUAUGCACCAAAAGCGAAACUUACCCAGAAUGGAGCCACGAGAGCAAAAUUCAAAUUGAUCCAAGUUAAUUAUCGUUUUAAGCAAAUAGGUUUUAAUUUAGAAUUCAAGUGUCUUAUUCAAGAUGGAGAUACUUUUAUUUGGGAGAGCAUCCAAAAUCGAAUACAUAAGUGUGAUUUUAGACGCAAUUUCCUGUAUAUGACAUUCAAUAAACCCUCGAUGAAUAUUAGAACAUUUUAAAAAUAUGAAAUCUCAGAUGAAUUUGUACAAGAAGAGUUAAGUAUGUAUCCAGAUAAAAUGUAUUUUAGUGAAAGUUUAAAGACUUAAUAGAUCAAGAGAUUAUGAUCCUUUUGAUAAUGCUUUAGAUUCAGUAUAAUAAUCUAUAAAUUUUAAGUCUGACAAUGAAAGCAUCCCAGAAUUAGGAACUGAGAUAAGAGCACCUUCAAGUACUUCAAUUCAUUAAUAGGAAAAUGAUUGGAAAGAAAUAAUAAAGGUAUUAUAAUCACUUUAUCCAAAUUAGAGUCAUUUUGAAUGUAAACAAAAAUUAAAGUCAAUAUCGAAACUCAGAAAAAUUUCUGAAUAAUACGGAUCAUCUGAUUUGAUUUUCGAUUAUAAAAGAAAGCGUUCUUCUUCAACUUAAAUAUUCUCAGAUUCUUAUGUGAUUUGUUUGUCAUUUAAGAUACCUAUUAAAAUAAUUUAAAACAAUUAAUUCUGUAAAGUGACAAAUAAGAAAGGUAUAUUGAUUAAAAAACUAUAUUUAGACAUUACAAACAAAUAUAAGUUUGAAUUGACUUCAGAUCCUUAUUUUAUUAAUAUGUACAACCUCUUUAGUAAUCGAUUAAGUUUGAAAGCAAUAUGGAUAGGAUGGAUUGGAAUUUAAAUUGCAGAUGAGAAUGAAUUUAUUCUUAUACAACAAUAUGUGUAUGAAUAGUACAAAUGCUUUGGAAUUAAGUUAGACGAUGCCGUAUUAAGCUGUUUUUCUUAGCUAAUAACUCCUGUCUUUAAUAACUUAUCUCCGUAAUUGAGAUUACACUCUGAAGAUGAUUAUAUGGAAAUCAAUAAAAUUUUUGCAAAAUAUGUUUAAGAGGCCUUACAUUGCACUUUAUUUUAAAACUAAUUUAGCCAUUUACAUUCUAUUUUCAUUUUUGACUAUCACCUCUUUUUGGUUCCUUUUUAUAUAAAAGAAGGAUUGAUUAAAAAAAAUGAAAGUAGACCAAGAAUUUGUACUAUAAUGAGAAGAUCUUUUCCAAACCCUAAGCAAUUUCGAAUUCUUACAUGCAGUGAAAAUAUUUUAUCUUCUUUAUUAAUGAGUGAUCUAAUUUCAUUAACAUAAUUAAAAGAUUUGUAUUAAUUUAUGCAUUGCUUACCAUAAAAAUACUAAAAACUAACUAGAUUAUCUGAUAUGAGUGCCUAUACUAUUGAAGUCUUAGGUAGAAAAAUUAUAUUAGAUUAUGGAAGUGUUGGAUUAAAUAUAAAAUAAUUAUAAAACAUAAUAAGUGUAGAAGAAACAAUAUCAUAAUAACAAUUCACACUUCUUGGAGUUGAUAGUUUAUCACUCUUAAGUGGUCUACCAUAAAAAUUCAAAAUAGUUGAAUAAAUUCAUUUAUUAAAACAAUAAUAAAUUAAAUUAAUUCAAGUCUUAUAUACUAAUAAUGAUGAGGAUUAUUAAAGCAAUUCUUAAAUAUCAAAAUACUAUGAUGAAAUCACUACUUUAGCAAAAUAAAUUAAUCAAAAUUAAUAAUAGGAUUUAAUUUAAAUUAGACUUGAUCUUUCUUAAAAUGAAUUAAUAAGUCUUUAUGGAAUGGCUGACGUUUUCAUAAAAAGUUCAUUAAGGGAGAGCAUAUCUUCAAAUUAUUUAGAAUAUAUUUAUGUUCGAUAAUUUAGAAAGAAGGCAGCUAAAUUAGUCUCAAGCUAAUGGUGCUCAUUAAAAGUUGAUCAUAGAAAAAUCAAUCCUAACAAUUCUAUAGAAUCAGCUUAAAUUAUUUUGAAUUACUUGAAUGAUAAAAAACCAACAUUCAUUAAUGUUCCCAACAGUAAUGAUUGGUUACAUAGGUUAAAUGAUCAUCUAAGUUAUUGUGAAGAUUUUUGGUUUGAUAAGUAAUUGUAUCAUUCAGGUAAAGAAUUAACAAUAGGAUUAAAAGAUAAAAACUUUUGUUCUGUUGAAACAGCUAACAUUGUUUCUAAAUUUGCUAAUCGUAAUUUUUAGGAUAAUUAAAAAAUUAUAAUACUUGCUUUUACUUAAAAAUUUAUAAAGAAAAUUUAAAAAUUAGAUUAAUUAGUUCAGGCAUUUGAAAAGUUAGCUAAAGAUGAUAACAAUACUUUAAUUAUUGUUUCUGAUUAAGAUUGUGAAAUAUUGGAAUUGAACUUUGGAUCCAUUAAUAAUUUAUAUAUAAUUGCUUAAGAUGGACUUUUUAUAAAAUAAAAUAAUCAAACCAAUUUCUAAUAAAUUAUUGACAAAGAUGAUUAAUUAAAAGCAAAAUUAUAAUAAUUAUCUCUUUUGGAACAUUUAAAUUUAACAGAAAAAAAUUAAAUUUACACUUUAUCUUUAAAAGAGUAAAUUGUGGAUACAAAUGCUGCUGCAAAUGUUUUCUUAUCAAAUUUAAUUAAAGAACUAAAAUUAGAAAUAGAUGAUUAUUUAAUUUGUUAAGAAAAUUAUUCCAUAAAGAUAAAACAUCAAUAUUAACAGAUAGAAGAAUUAUUAAAAAUGAUAAUAAUAAUUGAAACAAAUCAAAAGGGACUAGUAUCAUUUGCUAAUAUUAUUUCAUUUGAUAGAGAAUGGUUGGAAAAGAUCAUGUAAAUUUUUUAAUUUGCAAAUAUGCCAUUAAACAAGGUAUUUUUAAAAUUAAAAAUAGAAAUUUCACUGUGUUUCGAUAUCAGAUUAAAUUGAAAAAAACAGCAAUUUAGUUAUAGAAUCUUCUUUAGAAUUAAUAAAAUUGCUUAAUAGUUAUGUUUUGGAAAGUUAAGAUCAAAAAAUGA